AAAGCGGCAACAACUAACUGGAGUUGGAGUCAUCUCAACGGCUGCUGGUCCCAGUGUGUGUUGUGAAGUCGUUCGUUGGAGGCGACUCAAGCCUGAAGCCGGGAGCACGCGGACUGCCAGGCCAGGCCGCAAACAUGGACAACAACCAGAUGGCAAUGCAGCAGCCAAAUAAUGGACUCCAAGAGACGGAAGAAGCAAGCAAUGUUAAUCGCAAUAGGAAGUGGCACAAACGCCAGACGAAAAAACUCGGUCUGAUCGUGGGCUGCUCGGCUUUGGUCAUUGUGCUGAUGCUGGUCAUUGCAUAUAUUGUCACGAGUCAACCCCAAAGGGUGGCAAAGGUGGCGCCCAACCCCGUGGCCAAGCUGCCGCCCUCCGAGUCAAAACUGCAGCAGUUCAGAAGGGCCGCCGUCUGCACGGACGCCGUCAUAUGCUCAGAAGUUGGAAGAGACAUUUUGGCCAAGAAUGGCACGGCGAUGGACGCUGCGAUCGCGGCCCUCUUUUGCAAUGGAGUGGUCAACUGCCAGAGCAUGGGCCUCGGUGGCGGCUUCCUGAUGACCGUUUACCAGCGCAGCACCAAGCGGGCCUUCACCCUGGACGCUAGGGAGGCGGCGCCGGCCGAGGCCACCGAGGAGCUCUACUCAACCCCAAAUCUCUCCAAACAAGGAGCUUUAGCCAUCGCUGUGCCAGGUGAGCUGUUGGGCUAUUGGGAGGCGCACAAGCGAUUCGGCAACCUCUCCUGGUCCGACGUCAUCAUGCCCACAAUCAAAAUCUGCAGGGACGGCUACAAAAUGACCCUGCACCAGUCGGACUCUCUCAAACUCAAGGAGAAACACAUCAUGAAUGACACAUACUUAAAUUCGAUUUUCAUUGAUCCUGACACAGGCAAACUACACAAAGAGGGCACGCUGAUUAAAAAUACAAAAUUGUGUGAUACGCUGCAGGAAAUUGCUGACUCUGGAGGUGAUUCCAUGUACAAGGGUAACUUGGCCCGAAAACUCGCAAAAGAUAUCCAGGACAUUGGAGGCAAGGUCUCGGAAAAAGACCUUUCUGAUUAUAAAGUGCGUUGGUUGGAUCCUGUGAGCACAACCCUCCAUGGUGGUGAAACAGUGUACACCGUACCACCCCCAGGGUCGGGUGUCCUGCUCACCCUGAUUCUAAACAUCCUGGAUCACUACCAACUCAAUGACAAGUCGAUGAGCACGCUGCAAGACAGCAUCACCACAUACCACAGAAUCACCGAAGCUUUCAAGUUCGCGUUCGCACGCAGGGGUGAACUCGGUGACACCGACUUUGUCAGCAUUAAUGACCUGCUUGGCAACCUAACUUCCAAAGACUACGCCAAGGAACUAAAAUCAAAAAUCGAGGAUGACGUUACUAGUCAAGACCCAUCACACUAUGGCGCCGUCAAAAUUUCCACUGAAGACCAUGGCACCGCACACAUAUCAGUAUUAGCAGAAAACGGAGACGCAGUUUCAGUGACUAGUUCAGUCAACUUGUACUUUGGCGCCGGUAUCGCUUCGCAGAGCACUGGAAUUAUUCUGAAUUCGGGCAUGGAUGAUUUCUCUUUCCCAAAAUUCCCGAAUGCAUUCCAACUCCCGCCAUCGGAGGCUAACAGAUUGGCGCCAGGAAAAAAAUCCAUGUCUUCCAUGGUGCCUUCCGUUGUCGUUGAUUCCAACGGCGACGUUCGCUUGGUGAUCGGUGCCUCUGGUGGCUCAAAAAUUCUCACAGCCACUGCUUUGGUGAUAAUGAGGCAUUUGUGGUUUGGAGAAACUAUUAAGGAGGCUGUUGAUGCGGCUAGAUUCCAUCACCAACUCUAUCCUAUGCAGCUUUCAUAUGAGUUUGGGGUUCUCCAGCAAGUGCUUGAUGGAUUGGAGAAAAUUGGUCACGAAACAGAUAGAUACAGGGAGCGAGGAUCAAUUAUUUGUGCCAUUGCUAAACUUGGAGCAUCCCUUUUUGCCAACGCUGAUUUCAGGAAAGGUGGAGAAGUGUAUGGUCUCUAACGAGAUCGUUGUAAAUAACUUUCAUAAAUAAAUAAAUCUAUGAAAAUAGA